UUUUCUUCUUUUGGAACUUAAAAUAAAUCAAAAAAGCCAAAGGGGAAAAGACACUUCGACAAAUGACUCUUACCACAUGGUAUUUAAAAGGGGAAGUAAAUUUGGGAAAGUAAUCAAUAAAACUUUUAAAUGGGAUUUUGAAAUUUUGAGGGAUUUAAAUUUGAAAAAAUGUUUUGGAUUUUUUAUAGGGAAUUUUGGAAUUUUUUUUAGAAUUAUAUGGGUAAUAUGUAGUCAAUUCAAGGAGGCUUUCUCAUUAUUCGACAAGGACGGCGAUGGUACUAUCACCACAAAAGAGUUGGGGACAGUUAUGCGCUCUCUUGGACAAAAUCCGACAGAAGCCGAAUUGCAAGAUAUGAUUAAUGAAGUGGAUGCUGAUGGUAACGGAACAAUUGACUUUCCUGAAUUCCUUACAAUGAUGGCACGUAAGAUGAAGGACACAGACAGCGAAGAGGAAAUUCGAGAGGCUUUCAGAGUCUUCGAUAAAGACGGCAACGGUUUCAUUUCCGCUGCAGAACUUCGCCACGUUAUGACCAAUUUGGGUGAGAAAUUGACUGAUGAAGAAGUGGAUGAAAUGAUUAGGGAAGCAGAUAUUGAUGGGGAUGGACAAGUUAAUUAUGAAGAAUUCGUUACAAUGAUGACUACAAAAUGA